CCUGCCUGCCCGACCACGGCCAGUUCCUCCCCUCCCUCCGGCUCACGCCGCCGCCGCCAGCCAGCUCCCGCUCCCGCUCCUUUUCCCCUCGGACCUCCGUCCCCACGAAAUCCAUGGCGGCGGCCGCGCAUUGCGCCAGGGCGACCGUGCCUACCAUGGCUUUCCAGUGCACCGCCACGUCUCCAAGAGCCAAGCUCGUAUGCUGCAAGCGCCACAUGCCGCCAGAGCAGAAAGGAGUUGGACGGCUCGGUCGGUUAACGCAGCAUGGGGAGCUUGCUUUGCCCCAAUCGUCCGUGAGACAACCAUCCGGCGGCAUGGAGGAACGAUGGGACCGUCAUUGUUCUUCUGCAUUUUCAGCCAACCAGGGCGAUAUAAUGGGCCAAGUCCAAGACGACCGCCCACCGUCGAAUCUGGAAUUGGGCGGCGCCAGUCCUGGUGGUUUGUCGAAGAAGGAGAUCGAGAGAAGAUGUAAGAUCAGUGCUGCAAACAAGGGGAAGGCUCCCUGGACCAAAGGAAGGAAGUUAACCCAAGAGCACAGGCAGCGCAUCAAGCAGAGCACUAUCGAGGCUCUCAGAGAUCCCAAGGUUAAGAAGAAAAUGCUAGGACACCAUCGGUUGCAUAGACAAUCGAGCAAAGACAAAAUAAGCGCCGCGCUGAGAAAGGUGUGGGAGAGGAGAAUGAUUUCUGUCAGGUCAAGACAGAUGAUCCUUCGUAUUUGGUCAGAUACUAUCGCUGAGGCAGCCAAAGAAGGUGGCCACGGGCAAGAUAAGCUGGACUGGGACAGCUAUGACAAGAUACAGUCUGAGAUGUUAUGUAUGUUCCUAUGGAACAAAGAGAAAGAACAGGUAACCAAGAAGCUUAAAAGGGCGGUGACGAGAAUUGUUGCCAAGAAGCUUCAAGCAGCAGAGAAAAUGGAGCCGCUGACUAGAACAAAGAAGGCGAAACCUGAGAAGCUGGUGCCACAAAAGUCAGAUGCUCAGCCGAGACAGGUGUUGGCAUCCACAAGAACAAAGCUUAAAGAGAGGCUGACCAAGUGGCACGGCCGCAAGAAGGAGCUUGAGAUCGUUAUAAGCUCACGGACAAGGGGUGAAGGAGGGCUGCGUAAGCUGACGGUCGCAAGGCGAAGGGCUGUGGAGAGGCGAGCCGAGGUGGACUUGGCAACUGAGCCGGGGGUUCCCCCAGGCCGGAUGAAGGAACUUCACUCGCCUUGCAAAGAUGGACUCCCCUGCAGUGACACCUGAACCUGCACUGUUGAGCUCAGGCAGCAAUGUACUCCCUCCGUUCCUAAAUAUAAGUCUUUUAAGCGAUUUCACUAAGGGUCUACAUACGGAGCAAAAUGAUUGAAUCUAUGCUCUAAAGUAUGCAUAUAUACAUCCGUAUAUAGUCCACUAGUGAAAUCUCUACAAAGACUUAUAUUUAGGAAUCCGUAUAUAGUCCACUAGUGAAAUCUCUACAAAGACUUAUAUUUAGGAACGGAGGGAGUAGCAUUUAUCCAUGCAUGCAGUUCUUACAUUGAUGCUGAUGAUGUCUUGCCUUAGUAGACCUCUGUGGAUGAUAACCAGUCAAGUGAUUGUGUGUGUAACAGGCUGUGAGCUCUUGCGUUGUUAUUGUGGAUUUGUAGGCUGAUUACAUUAUUUUUUUGGCCCAUCUGUGUGGAUGAUCAGUCAAGUGAUGAUGUGUA